UCAGCCCAGCUCACCACCCUGCAGAGCCCCCGGCCCCACAGACAGGCACUGGUUCCAGGCAUCAUGACGGUCUCCAGCCUCAUCCUGUUGCUGUUUCUUCUGAGGGUCCCCGAGGGGACCUACUCUGCACCCCACCAGCAACCCUUCCUGGAGGAGGACCUGGCAGGCAGCGGAGAGGCCGAGGGCUCCUCUACCACCUCCCCGAGCUUCCCGCAUCCACAGACCCCGGCCCUCAGCCCCACACCAGUGGGGCCCCAGCCCACACCCCCGGUGGGCCCCCAGCCCCCCACCACCCUCCUGGAGGGCCUCAAGGAUUUCUUCCGUCAGUACAUCCUGCUCAUCGCCGUGGUGGGCUCCCUGGUCUUCCUGCUCAUGUUCAUCGUCUGUGCCGCCCUCGUCACCCGCCAGAAGCACAAGGCCACGGCCUACUACCCCUCGUCCUUCCCCAAGAAGAAGUACGUGGACCAGAGCGACCGGGCGGGGGGACCCCGGGCUUUCAGCGAGGUUCCAGACAGGGCUCCGGCCGGCCGGUCCGAGGAGGCGCUGGAUUCCUCGCAGCAGCUCCAGGCUGACAUCCUGGCAGCCACGCAGAGCCUCAGGUCCCCGGCCAAGGUGGCCGCCAGCAAUGGGGACAGGGCAGCCCGGGGUGAAGGCCAGGCCGAGGAGAGGGAGCCCGCACAGCCGUGUCCAGCGGAGCAGCCAGAGGCUGGAGCCCCCACGGAUGGAGGAGGUCAAGAGGAGCCAGAGGCAGAAGUGACGUCCUUGCUCGUCCAGGAAGCAGACGGGCCUGCUGGUCCCCCCGAAAGUGCCUGUGCUUGUAGCACUGUUCCCCCUGACGCCUGAGGCCCCUCUAGACUGUGGGACUCCCGGAGACGCCUCUGUGGGCAUGCGAUAGCCUUUGAUGUUGUUCUUGUAUCCUGAUACUUCUUCCCCGGCCUGUCCUCGCCCUCCCCCUGCGAGCCUCCACACCAGCCUCAAGAAGCUUGCUGAGUUCCAAAAGUUGGGGUCCCCCAAGAAAGCACCUCCAUGGGGGUGAAGGAUGCGUCGUAGUGACCCAAGAAACCAGCCAUCCUGGGUGGGGGUCCACUG